CUGUUUAUAUUAUGGCAAUGGCAGAUACGAAUGCUGAAAUUCACUCACCUGACACUUCAGACGACCAGUUAAAGUUCAGAGACCCUCUCAUAAGUGGACUGGAUGCCAGUGAUGGCGAAAUGGAAAGCUUGAGUCUUGAUGCAUCAGCACGGUCAGAACCAAGUGUCUCUAGAAGUUCAAGUCUGAUGGCAAAUCUUAGUCGCUAUGAUGAUUGUUUGGAUGAUGAAACAAGAGAUUUAUUUGUUGUUGUGGAUGACCCAGAAAAACACACAAGCACUCUGGAGGCAUAUGUAACAUUUAGAAUAACUUCAAAAACAACAAGAAGUGAGUUUGAUGACAGCCAGUACCAGGUUCGCAGAAGAUAUAAUGAUUUCCUCUGGCUCAGGCAAAAACUUGAAGAAAACUAUCCCACACAUCUAGUACCUCCCCUUCCAGAGAAACACAGUUUACGCAGACUUGAUCGAUUUAGUCCAGAAUUCCUGAAAGUCAGACAACAAGCACUACAGAAGUUCCUAACUCGCCUGGCAGAUCACCCUGUUCUUUCCUUUGAUAAAAAUUUUCAAGUAUUUCUGACAGCAAAGGCCUGGGAGUUUCAAGCUCAUAAAAAGCAUGGUACUGGAAUUCUGACCAGGAUGUCGGACUCCAUUCAUAACAUUAGUGCAUCUUACAUGAUGAAGAACCGAAGUCCAGAAUUCACCUUGAUUUAUGAAUAUGUACAAACUUUUGCUGAGAAGCUCGGUGUCAUUGAUCGCAUAUCACAGAGGAUUGUUAAAGAACAAACAGAUUAUGUGCUAGAGUUAUGUGAGUGGGGUCCUAUCUACACACUGUGGUCAAACUCUGAGGACCAGCUAACCUCCCCCCUUUUAGCCAUGUCUAGAGCUGUUGAUGUGUGUGCCCAGGCCCUGAAGGAAACAAUUGAAUCAACAGAGGACAAUUUCUCCCAGCCUUUAAAGGAGUAUAUACUCUACACAGAUGCUAUAAAAGCAGUUUUAAGAAGAAGAGAUGCAAUACAAAUGGAAUAUGAGACAACGGUAGAUGAGUUAAACAAAAGAAAGGAUGAACGUGAGCAGGUAAAGAUUUCGGAUCAGACAUAUUCUAUCGGGGCCUUCCUUGGCAAAGAUCCAGAAGAUGUCAAGCAGCAGAAACAAGAUAAACUAGAACAACAGAUUGAGGAGCUGACUAAGAAGAUGGAGGUACUUAAUGACCGGACCGUAUGUGCAGACACAGACCUGAGGGUGGACAUGGAGCGAUGGCACAAAAAUAAACAAAGAGAUCUCAAAGAGCUCUUCAUAGAAUCUGCUGAUAGACAGAUUCUCUACUACGAAAAGUGUCUGAAGGCCUGGGAGGAUGCAAUAAGAGCCAUUCAAGCCAAGGACAUUUUACAAGAUGUCCCAGAGUCACAGGUAACAGAAACAUCACCCAAUAACACUUCAUCAGAGGACCGCGGGGACACCAUGGAGGAAUCCAGUACAACCAGUGAGCCUCACGAGGGAGGGUCAAACAGUGAACCCUCCGUAUGAAAAGAAACAACCUUUAUAAACUCUUCUUUUCACUCAUAAAUCAAUGCUGAAAAUGGACUCUUCAGGUUAAAGGGUUUUUAUCACAUCUAGUCAUAUUUUCAUGAUUACUAUAUAAUAAAGAAGUUACACUGUGUCAUACCUGAAUAAAGACCUACACACCUGGAAUUGUUUUCUGACCCAGUGCACUUGCUUUAUGUUAGGAAUCAUGUAAUUAACUUCUUGUAGACAGUAACUCGUGUGUUGUCAGAUAUAGAGAAAAUAUGCAUAUAAUGAUUUUUAAAGAAACAUACGUGUACAUGUACAUUAUAUUUGAAUAAUAUAUGUUGCGCACAUGUCCUGUAUCAAUUUUUUUUAUCUAUAAGCAAAUUAGUCUCUAAAAUUCAAACUGUAAUUUUAUGUAUAUACAUGUUUUAUAACUAUAUAUUGAGGAUGACCCAGAUUGAUCCUAAGUUAGCUCCCUUUAUCAGUAUUGCAUUUAAUUUAUGUGUCUUUUUGAAUCCUUUGUAAUUUGUUACUGAUGUUUUUGUUUUGGAGAAUUUCUGUUUUUACAUUAUAUGAAAAAGAGGGGUUUCACCAUAUUACAAAACAUUCCAUAUACCCAGGGUUCAUCUUACUGCUUGUCAAUUUAAAGAUCAAUAAAACUACAUGUAUAAUUUAUAAAUUUUUUUAGUCAAUGUGAUAUUGUUAGUUAGUGUUUCACUUACAGGGAUAAAACAGUGACAAAAUGUUUAAAUUAGUUCCAGCAGUGCAUCACUCUUUUUGGACAUUUUGUUAUUCACAACAAACAAUCCAUGUUACUAAUCUACUGUACAUGUUUGCUCAUUUAUCCUUCUUUCUAACCUUACUGAGUUUAUGAAGAUGGAGAAGUGAUGUCAGUUUGAUGGUGUAAGCAUUUUCUAUUUCUUGAAAGCAGAGUAACUUUGACUUGAAUAUGUUAAAAAAUUUUGAAUGAGAACAUUUGGAAGGGGGUUGUUAUGAGGGACAGAUAGUUUACUGUAUUUACCAGUAAAAUAUAAAAAUACUCUCUUACUGAAAGUAGAAUAAUACAGGUAAAUCUAAUAUUAUAUCAUAUAAGUGAUUUAUUCAUAAUUUGAUAUUGUUUUUAUAUCCUAAAUAUAUCUAAACUUGUUAAAGAUGUAACAAUAUUUCAAGUGUUUUUUUACAUUGUCUGCAUCAGGCCCAUGUGAAUCCCAAGGGGAAAAAACAAACAGACAGGUUGUUUUGUUUUUGUUGUGGUUUUUUUUUUCGUUGACAAUUUAUUUUUUGUGAUACUAUGAUUUUGGUGACUGCCAUUUGUCUUGGACUCUCUCUCUCCCUGUUAUUAAUGUCUGCUUACUUGUCUCGACAGAUGAGUCAUUGUUUAAGGUUUUAAUAAUAACAAUGUACUAUAUUCUUAAUACUUAAUGUCAUGUUUGCAACCAAACCAGAUUUGUUUUGAAAAAAUAGAUUGUUAAGGACCCUCUAUACACUGACGAAAAAUAUUUUUUUGGACUUUGAGAAAAUUAUAUAGUGUAAAGGAGGAUAUUUUGAAAUUAACUAAUUAUUUUUAAUAUAGGGAGCGUGCCUUUUUUAUCCAGGAAAAAUCUUCAAAGAUAAUGAAGUAGUUAUAAAUAAAAUUUGCUUUUUCUUACUCAAAUGGAGAAAAUACAUGCAAAUAAAGUUUUCAACUACUCUAUCUUGAUCUAAUAUAAUGUUUAGAAUACUUGGAUUUAUUUUAAAUUAUGUCAUACAGUGCAGAUUACAAUUUAUUCUAUUUCUAUAUCAAAUGAUGGGUCAGUCUAACUACACAAAAGUACCCUGAAAUUAGGGUUAAGUGUAGAGAGAGACCUUAAAUCUGCACUGUAUGAAUGAAGUGUGAAAACUGACCAGGAUUUGGUAAUUGAUGUCACAUGCAUACAAACAGUUAAUGUUAAUUAUUUUUAAAUUGGAGUAUUUUUAAUUUUUAACAUAAUUGUUCACUUUGAUUCAGUUUCUCUAGAGGUGGAUUUAUGAAUUAAAGAAUCCAAAUUCAGACAAUCGAAGUACCGGUACAUGUCAAACAGUACAGAUUUGGAAUCCAGGUUAGGUUUCUAUUUAAACUUUUUCACUAUUCUUUAGUAUAUCAAGUGAAAUUCAACAAUAUAAAUACUUAAUAUCAAUAGUAAACAAUAUACCACGAAUUACAAAACUUUUGUAUUUCAUUUUUUACUGCUCAUUUAAAUAAAGAACACUUGUGAGUUUGUAAUUGUUAUAGUUGCUGUAGUUUUAAAAAACAAGUUGUGGGUAAUAGAAUUUUAAUGUAGAAAUUUCUUAAAUUUACUUGAAUGUGUAAUAAUUUUAUUAAGAUAUAUAUAAGACAUUCAAGAAAUUGCAGAAUACACAGGACUACAAAUGAAUUAUCUCUUUUUUAAUGUCCAGUGGCAUUACUGAUAUUUGUUUAAUGGAGAAUCAAUGCUUGUUUACUAUCUUUACGUUAUUGUACCAGCUGGACAGUGGAGGAGGUACAGAUUCUCCACCAAUAAGAAUAUACAUGUAACAUUAUCCAAUGUUUACUGUGCUGUAUCUGUGCAAUAUUGUAGUUCUUUAAUCAAAGAUGUUGUUUUUGAAUAAUAAAGUGUUAAACACUGUUGUUUAUAAA